UUUUGGGGGCCGGGCCGCGGCGGGACCCGGGCCAAGCUGGGCGCGCGGCUGGGUCUGUCCCGGGCUUGGCGGCCGGUUUCGCUUCGGGAUCCUGAUCGUGAUGGAUUCUAAGGCGAAAGUCGGGAGAAAAGAGUUGCUUCUCUUCGCGUCCGUGCUCCUGUGCUUGCUGGCGCCAGGCAGGGGAGCCGUGUACACUUCCAACUCCGAGGUCAAAGUUCCCGAGGAUAAACCCGCCAAGUUGUCCUGCUCCUACUCGGGCUUCUCCUCUCCCCGAGUGGAGUGGAAGUUUGCCCAGGGCGACAUCACCAGCCUCGUUUGCUAUAACAACAAGAUCACAGUUCCCUUUGAGGACAGAGUCACCUUCUCCAACACUGGCAUCACCUUCCACUCCGUGACCCGGAAGGACACGGGGAUGUACACGUGCAUGGUCUCUGAUGAAGGUGGCACCGCCUACGGGGAGGUCAGCGUCCAGCUCAUUGUCCUUGUGCCGCCAUCCAAACCCACGGUCAACAUCCCCUCCUCCGCCACCAUCGGGAGCCGGGCAGUGCUGACCUGUUCGGAGCCGGACGGCUCCCCGCCCUCUGAGUACCUGUGGUACAGGGACGGGGCCCUGAUGCCUCUGGAACCCAAGAGAAACCGUGCCUUCAGCAACUCUUCCUACAGCCUGAACCCCACGACAGGGGAGCUGGUCUUCGAUCCCGUCUCGGCCUCUGACACCGGAGAGUACUCCUGCCAGGCCCAGAACGGGUUCGGGAGCCCCGUGAUGUCCGCCGCGGUGCGCAUGGAGGCUGUGGAGCUGAACGUCGGGGGCAUCGUGGCAGCCGUCCUAGUCACACUCCUCCUCCUGGGACUCCUGGUUUUUGGCAUCUGGUUCGCCUACAGCCGGGGCUACUUUGACAGAAAGAAGAAAGGGACCGAGAGCAAGAAGGUCAUUUACAGCCAGCCCACCGCUCGGAGCGAGGGGGAGUUCAGACAGACUUCGUCCUUCCUGGUGUGAGCCCUCUGGUCUGGCCACCGCUUUCCUUGGGUGCUGCAGACUCUGGCCCCGAAGCGAAGCCCGUGCCCAGGAGGCCUGGUGUCUUCCCGCCCCGCCCCGCCCCCUCUGUCCUCACAUCGUCACGUCGCGAUGUGUUUUUAAUGUCAGCCCACACCCUCCCUCCUCCGCGCUGAGGCCCUGGGAUGCCCUCGGGGAGCCCGGCUGGGGGAGCCCGUGGGGAGGAGCUGCGGGGCGUUCGGUGCGGAGCAGCAGUCCCGGCGCCGCCCGGAGGAGACCCGGGGCCGGGGCAGCGCCUCGGGCCCCGCGGGGAGGGGGGCCGGGGCGUCCGAGCCCGGAGCCGGGAGCCGGGAGGUGUGAGUCCCCGGAUGAUGCUAGAAAUAAACCUCGGACCGAAAGCUUCUGUGGUGGGAGGUGAGGUUCUUCCACUCCUCCAGACCAAGAGGAAAUGCCUAACGCCCCCCCCGCAGCCCGGGCUGCGACUCCCAUCCCCCCGCAGCUCCCCACACGGCCCCGCACACACGGAGGGCACACACGGAGGGCACACACGGCCCCGCACACACGGAGGGCACACACGGAGGGCACACACGGCUGGCACACACGGAGGGCACACAUGGCCCUGCACACACGGAGGGCACACACGGCUGGCACACACGGAGGGCACACAUGGCCCUGCACACACGGAGGGCACACACGGCUGGCACGGCCCUGCUCACACGGCGGGCACACACGGUCCCACACACACGGCUCAGCACGCACGGUCCUGCACACACGACGGGCACACACGGCUUCGCACACACGGCGGGGGCACACGGUCCAGCACACAUGACCCCGCACACACAGUCCCGCACUCACGGCCUCCCACACACGGCUCCGCUCUCAUGGCCCCGCACACACGGCGGGCACACACAGUCCCACACACACAUACACACACACACACACACACACACGGCCUCGCACACACGCCCCCCCUCACCCCCCAACGACCCCGCACACAUGGUGAGCACACAUGGCCCCGCACACACAGCCCCGCACACAGGGCGGGCACGGAUGGCGGGGCUGCAGCACAGGGCGCCAGCCCAGCGGGAAAAACAACCACCAGGCAAAGUCACUCACCAAUCAGAAUCCCCCGACGGAAAUAAAGUCUGGUUAGUCGAUGAAAGUAGAGAUUAGGACACGUUCCAGAGGAAUGUGAAGCAGUUUCAAUCUGGCCUCUUGGGGAGAAGGUGGGAGUGAGGGAAGGGCCGGCAUAGGAUCCACUUGGCGAGUCAGCUGUUACUGCCUUGGAAUUCACCUCUGGCUACAAAACAUGUCAGCUUUGUGGAAUGUCAAAACCAUUUUUUAAAAUAAGUUGUUCACAUUCAGUUUAUUUAAGUCUUGAAGUAAAACAUUUAAAGAAUUUUGUCCUUC